UGAGGGGUGUAAGCAGUGUUGCUGGGAUACCCGUGGCGGUGCGCGACAUGGCGGUGUCGGCGGGCUGCUGAGGGGCCCGGGGCCAGCGGGUGCGAGGGGCCCGGCCGUCACCAAGGCGUCCCACAAGGGAGGGAUUCAAAAGGAAACAAAUAUGGCCAGUGGUCACAGACCUCCCAUAGCUCGGCCCUCUUCAAGAGCAGGAAUGGGGCUGACAGCAAGGCCAACCUCUUCAGCACGGACUCCAUCAGCAACCAGGAUAGGAACAGCGAUGCCUCCUAGUACAUCAAGACCUGGUUCUCGUGGUGGUUCUGCGACUGCUAGCGGAAUCUUGUCAUCUCAGAUUAAAGUUGCAGACCGCCCAGUGACACAGCAAGGAUUAAGUGGAAUGAAAACUGGAAUGAAAGGUCCUCAGAGACAGAUAAUGGAUAAAACGUAUUAUCUGGGACUGCUGAGGAGCAAAACAAAUGAACUCACAACAGAAAUUAACAAGCUGCAGGAAGAAGUAGAAAUGUACAAGCAAGAGAAAUCUGUCUACUUGUCAUAUGAAAAAAGGGCAGAGGCUUUAGCUGGUGAAAUCAAAGAAUUUCAAGGUCAGCUAGCAGACUACAACAUGGUUGUGGAUAUACUUAACACCAAUACAGACGUUGCAGAAGUGAUUCAUGAUUACAAUAUGUUAAAGGUUCAGAAUGACCGAGAUGCUCAGAGUGUGGAUAAAAUUUUCACAGAAAGACAAGCCACAGAAAAGUUAAUUCAAGCUGUGGAAGAAGAUAUUGAACGUGAAAAAGUCGUAGCAGAUGACAUAAUAAAAGACAUGUCUCCAGAAAAUCAAGCUAAAUAUAUGGAGAUGAAGACUGCAAAUGAAAAACUCUCCCAGGAGUUGAUUGUUCAACAGCAGGAAUUGGAUGCACUAAACAUGAAGGAGGAGUCUCUAAGAGCUGAAAUAGCACACUCCCUGGUGAAACAGGAGGCUGUGCAGCUGUAUGAAAAGCUCCAUGAGCUUGAGGAACGUCGAAAUCAAAUGAUUGCUGAGGACAGGAACAUGGAAUCUCCGCAGGAGGAAAGAGAGAGAUUACUAAAGCAGGUUAAAGAAGAUAGUCAAGAAAUAGCAAGUAUGGAAAGACAGCUGGCAGAAGUAAAAGAAAAAACAAACCACUUUAAAAAGGUUAUUCAACAACUUGAUAUGGAUUUGGAGAAUCAUCAAGGAGAGGAAAAUUGGAAAUACAAGGAGCUGAAGAAGAGAGAAGAAAGCAUGGACAAUUUUCUUGAGAGUUUUGAAGACGUGAAGAAUCAAGAGCUAGAACGAAAGGCCCAAAUAGAAGCCAAUAUUAUUGCACUCCUGGAGCACUCAAGCAGGAAUGUGAAUUGUAUGAAACAAAUUUCAUCUGUUACCAAUCAAGAGUUGAAGAUUAUGCAGGAAGACCUCACUUUCAAAUCAAAUGAAAUGCAGAAGUCACAGAGUACUGCAAAGAAUCUGAUUACAGAGAGUCAAAAAUUGCAGAUGGACCUGCAGAAGAUGGAACUCCUGGAGGGAAAGAUGACUGAUGAACUGGCUUCUCUUAAAGAGAAAAUAGAACAAACAACAGCAGAGUUGGAAGUCUAUAAUAAUUUGCCAGCUCUGAAAGCAUCAGGAGAAGAGAAGAAAAAGAGACUACAGGAUGACAAAGAAAAAUUAACAAAACGUAGUAAUGCUUUCAAGAAAAUAAUGGAACUCUUGAAUGCAGAGUACGAGACCCUAAAAAGAGAGCUUCAAGAGAAUGAGACACAUUCUCAGCUUACAAAUUUGGAGAGGAAGUGGCAGCACCAUGAGCAAAAUAACUUUAUGAUGAAGGAAUUCAUAGCAACAAAGAGUCAGGAGAGUGACUACCAGCCAGUAAUGAAGAACGUGAGAAAGCUGGUCACGGAAUACAACAAAGCUCUCAUAGAAGCUUUACAGAACACCAAGAGCUGAACCCAGGCACUUCCUUCCUGCCCCCAUGGACCAACAAUGAGGGAUGUGCAUAGGCAGCAUGGAAAGCUGAGCCACUGAGCUCAUGUGCUCACCACAGCUGUGACAGAUGUUCUUAAAACUAUUUUUCCAAGUUUACAGAAAUCACAGAUUUUAGUAGUACUCCUUUUUUUGCAAUGUUUGAAAAUAUUUAGAAAAAAAAUUACAAAUUGUAGAAACAUGUAGAACCACAAAUACUGCAUAAUAAGUGUAAAAUCAUCAGAAUGUUUUACUGAGGUGCACUGCUGGAUUGUGAAGAUGAAGCUUCAGUAUGCUUUACACAAUGAAUAUCUAAUUGUCUUUUAGUCCUACCCCUGACGAACAGAAUGGGAUUUUUCCCUGAAUAAGGACUGCCCGAUGGACUCUCAGAUGCAUUAUCUUAAAUGAAAGCAUGUAAAAUAAGUAGUAAUAUCAGCAUACCUUCCCUAUUUAAAUAGCAAUUCAUAACAAGUAAAGGAAAUAUGUAAGGACAACAAGCAGCCUCUUGACAGAAUUCUUCUGUAUUAUAAAGUCUUAAAAUAAAAGCAAAUUUAUUUUAAGGAUCUGUUAGCAAAUUUUCAUUUCCCAAGGGAAAACUGAUUAACUUGUAGAGCAUGUCCUUAUUUCAUCUUUUUAAUAUAAGGACAGAACUAUGAUAAAAUGUAGUGAAAUACAGCUAAUACUGACCUUGUGCAGAGCAUUUUAAUUCUGUGGUAUUCACCAAUAAAGGAA